UUGACACCCCCAUAAUCUCUUGUUGUACGUGUGGUUUCGCGUGUUUAUCCUGAAGGGCCUGAAACGUUAAUACAGAAAUUUUUAUAAUAAAACGUAAAACCACAGUGAAUAUUCGAAAAUGCCAGAGGUUAAAGAUGAUCCUCGACAAGUCCUGACGCUUCUAAAUUCCUUAGGGUUUGUGGGAAUCACUGCGGAGCAGCUAAAAACAUUCAUGAAGGACCUGAAAAUUUAUCGCAAAGUCAAGGAGCGUGAACGUCAACAGUGGAAGGAUGGAAUGAAACGAAAGAUUCUGCAAAAACAGAAGACGGAAUUAGCGAAAUUAUUGAUGGGACCUUCAAGUCCAGAACCUCCGCAAGCACCUGCUGAUCCUAUUGUGGAGAUACAAAUCGAGUGUGUUUCUGACAGUGACACGAACGAUGAAAGAGAUAAUGCAAUAGUCGAAACUAAAAGAGAGAACUUCCAUAAAAUAAGGGCUCUCCAGAAAAAAGAAACAACUGUUCCAACCAAUUCCGUGAAUGUGGGUAAGACAUUGCGAAAUCACAGUAAUGUGAAUCAGGAGAUAAAGACACAUCGUGGAUUGAGAAAUGUAACACCUCCGCGAUCUGCAAGUGCCCCAGACCUAUCAGAACCAGCGCCAAGAGUUUCCAGAUCAAAAAGUACUUCCUCCGAGCCCACGAAAAUGUCUUCUAGAAACCCAUCAAGAUGUUCCUCUCGAUCACAAUCCAAAUCCUUCAUUCGACCUUGGCGAUUAAAUCCAGAGACUCAGGGUAUUCUACAAACCGUUAAAUCAGAUCCAGUGGCGCUCUACCAGAAUUAUCAAAAAGGAUGGAAGCAAAUAUCAUUCCCCGGAGAGAACCCACACACAGAUAUUCGAUGGGCAGUGAGAGAAAAAAUGUUAGGGAUUGAUCCAACUCCAAAACCAAUCCUUAAAAAAUCCUGUAGCACAAUGAGUGUGAAACGAAGAUGAUAUAUCAUCUAUAUUUUUAAA